AUCUACGAUCUCUGAUCGGGCAACAACAACGCUGGUGCAUUGUUUCCUUCCUGGAGGCGUUGCUUUUGGAGAACCUUCUUCCUUGUCUGGGUGUUGUCUUUGGUAGUGGUUAGAGUGUUGCUACUGCGGGUGGUUGUUCACCAUGGCAGGGUCUUUUUUUCUCUUUUUUUUUGCUGUGUGCAUCUUGAAUGUUUUUAGGCAUCUUAUUGGUGCAGAGAGUACUUAAUAUUAAUAAAUUUCCCUUUAAGAAAAACAAAAUACUGUAUUUCAGAUUUAGUCUUAGCUGACUGUAAUCCUAUUAUACUAGGGAAUAAAUUUUGAGUUUACCCGCAAAAAAGAAAAAGGAGGAAUUUCCAAGCAGUGCAUGUGCUGUUAUACAAUUGGAUAAGAAGCAAAGGAUUGAAGUGAUAAGUCAUGUCUUCCUUUUCUUGUCGCUUCUCUGAUCUCAGCACGUAACCUCCAUAUAUGCGCGACCAUCCUUUAAUCUCUCCGCACCAACGAACUUCAAAAACUAUUCUCAACACUUGUGCACACGCAAAGAUUCCAUGGGAGCGAAGCUUUCCUGCUUCUCCAACCACGGAGGCAGCCUCUCGCAGCAGCCACACCAGCCGGCGCCUGUUAGGGUCAUUGCCGCCGACGGAUCGCUGAAGGAGCUCCCGGCCAGCCCACGCGUCACCGUCUCCAACGUGCUCGGCGGCAGCGCCGCGUCCUUCUUCGUGUGCAGCUCCGACGCGCUCUACUUCGACCAGAGCCCUCCGGCGCUGGCAUCCGGGGAGGUACUCCAGUCGGGGCAGAUAUACUUCGUGCUCCCGGCGGCGUUGCUCGGGCGGCCGCUAUCCAGCGCCGAGAUGGCCUCGCUUGCGGUGCGAGCGAGCUCGGCGAUCGCGGCCAAGAAGCCGCAGCGGAGGCGGGGGCGCCUCAGCGGCGGGAGGAAGAAGGUGCGCGUCAUGCCGAUGCACGAGGAGGUGGAAGACGGCGAGGAUGUUCUGCUGAACGAGAAGCUUAACGAGCGGACGCUCGGGGAGUUCGCCGUGUCGCCGAUGAGCCCAGAGAAGAUCGGCGUGGUGGCGGCACGGUCGCGGCUGAAGAUGAAGCUGAAGCGCGCUCUGAGUAUCAUUCAAGAGGUUGCUGAGUGAAGCAUUUCUCUAAAAGAUAAAUACUAGUGGUGUUUUUUUUUAGUUUUUGGUUCUGUUUGAAGCCAUAUUUAGGUUUAAGCCCAAAUAUUUAAUUGGUUUAGUUGAUUUAGGAUAGGAAGAACAUGUAUUCUGGGAAAGGGUAUGUGAAUAUGUCCCAUGGUGUAUGUGAUUCACUAUAGAAUACUUAUAUGCAAGACUAAAAGAAUGCAAAACACCGAUUCUUGAUUUGUUAA